AUGUCCACAACCUGGUCAAAUCCCACAGCUAUGAAGGCUGCCAUCUUUGUGUGUCUGAUUUUCUUGAUUCUAAGGACAGAUGCUCAAACAAUCCCAGAAGCGUGUAUUGGCAGCAACACAAACAGAGAACCAAGGGACACGGACAUUGAGGUGACCUGUGGAACAGAGUUUAUGGACCUGAGCAUCCUCCUCUGCCCCAUAUACCAGGCCAACUACAAUGAGAGUUUGUUGAUUCUCAAUGAACAGACCCAGGCCGGAUGCAAAGGAAUAGCAGAUUUCACAGCUUCUCCCCCUGUGGUCAAAUUUAGAUUCUCCUUAAAUAAAGAAUCUCUUUCAAGCUGCAACAAUAAAUUCAAUAUUUUAGAUUUUACUGGGGCUGGGAACUUUCUUCAGUUCUCCAAUGUUCAGGCUGUGAACAUUUCUGGUUCGUUGGUUACUACUGACCCCACCCUCGGCCUGAUAACCUACCGACCACAGAUCACAUACAUGUACUCUUGUCAGUAUCCGCUGCAGUACAUCAUCAACAACACCGCAUUGAAUGUGGCUGGACUGAACAUUGCCCAGAAUGAAAACAACGGCAGUUUCAUCAACACUUUGAGGAUGAGGCUCUUUGAUGAUAACACCUACUCAACCCCUCUUAUCAUUCCCACUUCCGGACUUGACCUUAAAAAACAAGUGUUUGUAGAAGUCAGAGCUACCAAUCUUUCAGACCGUUUUAAUGUGCUGCUCGACCGAUGCUUUGCAACAGUGGCUGAAUAUCCAGAAGCUUCAUCAGGUUAUGACCUCUUUGUUGGCUGUGAUUUUGAUCCUCAAACUCAAUUACAAGAGAAUGGAGAUUCGCAGACGGCAAAAUUUGUGUUUGAAGCUUUUCGAUUUAUGGAACACAAGAACAUGGCAGUGUCCUCAUUCUACCUGCACUGCAUUACUAGACUUUGCAACGUGUCCGCGUGUGAGAGCAUGAAGCCGGUCUGUUCAGAAACAGGCGGACAAAGAAGACGGAGAGAGGCAGAAGAUGGAAGUGCUAUGGUCACCUCACCACUCAUUGUUGUGGGCCCUCAUGUCAUGUCUGAUAAAGAUAGUGCCAUAUAUGAUCGAGCUGUGGCUUCACAGGACGACUACAGCAGCCCGGUGGUGGCUGUGAUUGUGUGUGUGGCCAUUCUCUCCCUGCUUUUAGUGGUGAUGGGCGCUUAUUUCACAUGGAACCUCAGGCAUAAACUCAGGCUCUAA